UCAUUCAUUCAUUUCACCAUGGUGAAUGCACGGAGAAUAAAGGCUCUUGCUUGUGCACUCCUUUACUGGAGACGAAAAAAAAAAUACUGCAAAUCAGUGUGGGUAAAAUACUACCUGGCUCGUAGGAAAAGUCUCGGCGAGUAUCACUGUUUAGUGCAAGAGAUGCGCCUUAACGGAGAAGAUUUCCGUGAGUAUUUUCGGGUGUCACGAAAACAAUUUGACGAGAUUCUCCAGGUCGUUGGCCCAAUUAUUGCCAGGCAGGACACUGCAUUCCGGGAAUCCAUCAGACCAGCCGAGCGCCUGGCAAUUUGUCUCAGGUACAACCUUAAAUUACUAUAUUACUAUGGACACACACACAAUAAAUAUAUUUCAAACAAUUAAAACAAACACCCCAUACCCAACCCAUAUAUACACAUUUAAAAUGUUCUUAGGUUGAUUGUUAUAUAUAUCAUGGCAAUCAACUUAAGGACAUUUUAAAUGAGAUAAAUAAAUUAGCCUUUUUAUGUCUUUCACUUAAAUUUAAAUCUACUGAUUUGGGUUGGGUUGAGCAUAGGAUGUUUGUUGUGGUUGUUUUUUGUAAUUUGUGAGUUUAUAGUAUAACCUGGAAUUUAUUAAAUGUAAUUUUACUUCAAACUUGUUGUGUUUUGUAGUCUUAUCUUGAGUCUUAUAUUUUCAGAUACCUAGCCACUGGUGACUCCUACCACUCACUCUCCUAUCGCUUCAGAGUAGGCUGGUCUACAGUGUCCAACAUUGUCCCUGAGGUGGCAAAGGCUAUCUGGGAGGGUCUGGUCGAUCAGUACAUGCCAAUGCCACAAGAAGAAGAUUGGCAGACAAUCGCCCAGGACUUUAGUGUGCAGUGGAAUUUCCCCAAUUGUUUAGGGGCUAUUGAUGGUAAGCAUGUGGUCAUCCAAGCUCCUCCCAAAUCAGGCUCCCUGUUCUACAAUUAUAAAGGAACCUAUUCCAUUGUAUUACUUGGAGUAGUUGAUGCCAACUACUGCUUCAGAGUAAUCAAUGUGGGUGCUUAUGGCCGUGGAAGUGAUGGUGGAACCCUGAGGGACUCUGCUUUCGGCAGGGCUCUUGAAGCUGGCACUCUUAAAAUUCCACCAGAUGCCUGUCUGCCAGGAGCUGAACAUCUAGGCCCACUUCCUUAUGCUUUUGUAGCAGAUGAAGCCUUCCCACUUCGUCGCCAUCUCCUGCGGCCUUAUCCGGGGAAGAACCUGCAAAGAUGCAAGCGCAUUUUCAAUUACCGUCUAUCCCGGGCCAGGCUGGUUGUGGAAAAUGCAUUUGGCAUCCUGGCGUCUAGGUUCAGAAUGUACCACCGAGUCAUGGGUCAGCACCCACACAAUGUAGAAGCCUGUGUGAAAGCGACAUGUGUCCUCCACAAUCUCCUGCGGAGAAACAAAACAACUCACCCCUCUGCACCAGUGAUGGAUGGACCAAACUGCAGCAUGCAAGGCAUCACACGUCAAGGCACUAAUAAUUCCUCAAGGGAGGCUGUCCAUGUGAGGGAAACCUACACGUCCUUCUUUUCCUCUGUACACGGUGAGGUUCCAUGGCAGCAUCUGGUGUCCUAG